CCAGCACCCUGACCAGCAGCGCACAGCAAGCCCACACCCGCUGCCUCUCUGCAACCAGCCCGCCCUCUCGUCAACACUUCCGCGCACCACCCGCCUCUGCCGCCUCGCCAUGGCCGUGCCGGCACCGCUGCGCCCGCUCCUGGGCCUGCUGCAGUACAUUGCCUACCUCUUCACCUCGCUCAUCCACCCGUCCUCGCUCACCACGGGCGCAUACACGCUGCAACUCCACUCGACGCCCCUCGUCCUCUACCGCGGCCCGUGGACCGUGGUGCACGUCACCGUCUCCGGCCCGCAGGCGCUGGCCAGCGACGCCCAGGUCGCGCUGCAGCGCCGCGGCUGGCGCGCCGGACUCGUCGGCUGGGACGCGGCCCGCUACCUCGGCGCCCGCGGCGGCGAGCUCGACGUGUCACCGGUGACGACGCGCAGCUUCAGCCGUGCGCAGGAGCCGCUGGCCGAGGGAGCGCCGGCGCGCACGGCUCUGUCGCGCGCACAGGUCUCGCGCAUCAAGGAUCUCGCGGCCUCGCAGCGCUCCGAGAAGCACACGACGUUCUCCGUGCGCCUGCCGGCCAGCGCCGGUGACGGCUACUUCCGCCUCGUCGUCAAGGGCGGCGGCUCGACCAUCCCCAGCCCGGUGUUCCGCCUGUACUCGCUCUCCCUCUCCUCCGCCUGCCCGCGCGGCAGCACGGUGCUGCCUCCGACGCUGCCCAUCGAGCUCGUCGUGCGCACCCUCUCCCUCGCGCUCAGCACGGCGCUGCUUGCGCUCAGUCCGCUCGGCUUCCUCGCCAAGUUCAUGCCGCGUGGCGUGUCGCGCUGGAUCGCCGCGCGUGCCUACCGCGCCGCGGGCGGCGAUGCGCGUCGCGACGCAGUGCUCGAGAAGGCUGGCGCCCAGCAGAAGCUCGACCGCGCCAAGGAAGGUGUGAAGCGCAUCCCCUUUGCCAGCGCCGGCAUCCGCACGACGUGGGACGUGAACCGGGACGAGGAGAUCGGCCGUGCUGGCGUGCGCUGGACGUGAUCUGCUCAGCGUCGGCGCCCUCUCUGCGCUCCUCUUCCAUGUACUCUGGGCUCGCGCGCAGGAAUGAAGGCUGCCGUCGCACACACACGCACACACACAAUCCCUGC